GAUCAUGCACACGGAAGUCAAACUAAAUUCAAACAGCUGAUUUUCACCAGAGCAAAGAAAAUUGCAGAAAAGUAAAAGUAAUUAUGUCUAUGCUACCGCAUUCGAGGUUGAAUUUUGGAUAUUUUGACCGACAGAUGGACUUAUUUCCGGACUGGGUGCAUUUGUUUAACAAUGACUGGCGCAUGGCAAAUUACACGGACUCUCGGCUUCGGUUCGGUCGUCUGCUGGAAAAAGUCCGACGAGAAAUGGAGAGAAUGGACGUCCAGCCUAUCAACAUGGAUUUACGAAAUCCAUUUAUAACAGAUCCCGAAGGUCAGCACAAAUUCACCCUUCGCUUUGACUGCAGUCAGUUCAAACCGGACGAAAUAAGCGUGAAGACACAUGACGGCCGACUUCGCGUGCACGCAAAACACGUGCACGAAGAAGAUGAUCGCAAAGUGUAUCAAGAGUUUUAUAGGGAGUGCGUACUUCCGGAAAAUGUUGAUCCAGAAACGCUAAAGUCAUGUCUCACCGAGGAUGGCGUUCUUCAAAUCGAGGCUCCUGUUCCGAGCACAGUUAUUGCACCAAAAGAACAUUUGAUUCCAAUUGAGCAUCUUAAAAGGGACACUAGAAAAGACAGACAGGUGGUACCAUUUACGGAGGAGGAAGAUGGUCAAAGUCCUCAGUAAACGACUGUAGUCUUUAUGGAUAUAAUGAUAUCAUUGAAAGUGACGCAAACAAUAGUCAUACAAACUUGUUUAUUAAGAAAAAAGAAAACAGUUUUGUAGUCUAGAUCUAAGUUUUAAGCAAUACUUACGCAUUGUUUUUUGUUAUGUUUUCAAAGGUAUAUAAUCUUAUUCUAUAGGACUUGAACUUUGUGUAAAUAGAUACUGAUUGAAGAAUGUAUUUUAUGGAUAAAAUUAUGAAGAAAAGGGAAAAAUGAAUAUUAAUACAGGAAUGUAAUUAGUCAAUAAGUUUAAGAUGUAAAACUAGAAUUAGUUUGGUCAAUACUAAUAUUAAAGAAAGAAAUAAAUAUGUAAAAAUACAUUGGAUUAUUAUUAUUAUUUUGAUAAUUAAAACUUUUAAUGUUAAGAAUAACAUUUUCUUCAUUUUCAUCACGUGUUUUUGUUUGUCAUAGCAUAAUACUUUUUAUUUCAUAGCAUAAUAGUUUUAUUAUUUCAUAGACAUUUGUUAUACAAUGAAGACAAACUGUAAAAGGUAUUAUUUAUGAAUAUGUUUAACUUAUACAUGUACAUAGUUAUUUUGUUAAGGAAAAGAAUAAUAUGACAUAAAUUCGUUAGUAAUUCAACAUACGAAGUAAAUAUUGUUUUGAUUCCUUUAUGUAAAUAUGUUUUGUACAAAUUUUUAAUGUUGUUACUAAAUAAAAAAUAUUUUCUGUGCA